AGGGGGUCGAUUUUGAGCGCAUAUUUAGGUCGUCUAGGCCGAACCGGUGUUGAGUUUAGUUUAUCUUGGACUUCGUUGACUAGAUUCUUGUUAUCCAGUGAGUAUAUUGAUAUUAUAGAUCUUUGUGGUGAGACUAUAAUUAACGGGCGACCUUUGAGCGACUCCAGGCUGACCUUGUGAGUGUCCACCUAAUAACCAGAACCAAAUGAGGACUAUAAACAUGUGUGAGGAAUUAGAAUUAGAAUUUACAGCCGAUGAUUAAGGUUAAAAAUUAGAUUUUGGUUUUUCAUCAUGAACUGAAUUCAGAUAUAGUGCCAAAACUCUAUUUAUCCGGAUGAAUGAGGGAAUUUCGCGCCAAAAUCCGAGACCUGUUAUCUUAUACGUGAUUGGUUCGUUAAUAGAUCAUAGUCUCGCCAGAUUUACAUGUUUGAAAAGUCUAUUGAGCCAGUUAAAUGUCAUUCAGUUGCACAAGCUGUCGACUUCCUAAUACAGAGAACUGAUACUAUCUCUGGAAAAUUAGAAACGAAACUUUCAGACACUUUUUUUCUUCUGUUUUCUCAUUUUGUGUUUCUUUUGAUAUGUCGGGCAACCAUAUAUUCACUUGUCUACCGCGUGGUGAUUACGUAUUAAAAGAAUGUUGCAACGGAUAUGUACAGUGUUCCCAUAUUCAUAUGCACUCAUCUUUGCUUUUCACAAUAUAUUAGGAUUCAUCACCAUAUUUUCUAAUGUUACGCGAUUUCCAGCUUAAUGUUCAGUUGUUUCCCAUGUCAACUCAUUUUAAACAUAUAUGCAAAAUGUUUGUGGACUAUUUAUGCAAUUCUGUUACUUACACAGACAUUUACACCUUUAUAAUAUGGAGAAGGGUCAGACGUUUCGUAAACAGAAUAAAGAAAAAUUGCAAAAAGAAAGUCACAGUGAAAUCGAAAGGAAACGUCGUGAACGAAUGAAAUUAGAAACAGAAUUUCUACACCGUCAAGUACCACAUUCACAAUGUAAAGAUAAAUUAUCCAUUUUUCUUGCUGGAGCCGAACGACUUAUUCAUUAUAACAAUAAAUUAGGAAAAAGGGAAUAUAUCAUCAAUGAUGAAGAGUAUUCGCGAAUUGUUAUCAAUACUAUUAAUGGAUUUGGUAUACAUGUCAAAUGUUCCAGUGGUGAAAUAUUGUAUGAAGAAAACUCUGAAAAAGUACUUGAUAUUCCUCAAAGUAGUUUUCUAGGCAAAACAAUUUAUGACUUAGCUGAACCAAGUGUUAAUACAAAAAGAAUUAUCACUGAUAGCCUCAUGUUUUAUGGUUCAGAGAUGCAACAAGCAAGAGAUGGACACCUUAUUUCACGAAAUUUCAUCAUUGCCAUGCGUUGCGGAUCUGGUAUUCCAGUAAAAAAUUGUAUACGUGGUUCUGAUGGUCAACUGUAUCGAUUUAUAGAAUUCUGUGGGGAUAUUGUUUAUCAAAAUGAUAGUGAUUGUUCCGAAGCUUAUUAUUUAUUCCGUGGUGUCUGUCGCCCUUUGGAUAUAGCCUGUCCAACUGUUCCCGAUAAUUCAUUUGACAAACCCACGUCACCUAAUAAAACUUUCAGUUCUGAUCAUGUUACUUUACGCAUUGGAGUGAAUACUUUGUCAAUAACAGAAGUUGUUGGAAAUUCACUGUCAAUACUUGGUUGGGAUGCUAAAGAUUUGUUGGACAAACAUGUUGAAGAAUUUGUUACCAUUCCUGAACAAAAUAUUGUCACACAUGCAAUACAAGAAACUGUUAAAAAUGGCUUAUCUACAAUAUUUAUUAAUUGGUUAAACCAUGGGAAAACAAAGUCAGUGUACUUGAAAGCUGUGUUUACAGCCAUCCAAUUGAAUACCUUUCUUUACUGUAUUAUCUGCAAGCUAUAUUCAACUGAAUUUCCUGCGUUAACUCAAUCCAAACCAGAACCACAGACACCGGUUUUCAAAUCACGAGAGUACUCAGAAUUACAAGUAACCAAUAACGAAACAAUUGCUCCAUUUGACUGGAACGAUUCAUUUAACUACAACACUACAACUAAAAUGAAAUCAACUGAAUUUUCAAUGGGACCAUGCCAGCAUACAACUAACAACAGCAUUAACAAUACACCAAUCUGUAGACCUGAUACACUAAACGUUACAGAUGAUCAUAUUGAUCUAGCGAAAACCGAUGGGGAUGGACAUUUUCAUGCUUUGGAUAUUCCAUACAAAUCUAUGCAGGAAACAAAUGGACAAUGUUCAGUAACUAGUAUAUCCAAUAAAAAUGACACAACGCAUAUUGCUCCAUCUACAUGUACUUAUGGUGAACAUUUUGAAACACUUCAACAUCCUAUUUUCGCUCUUGAUGCAGAUGACAUGAUUUCUGUUGAAGCUAAUCAAACAAGUGACUCCAAAUACUUGCCAGAUAAUACAAAUGACUUAAAGUACAAUAAUAACGAUGGACAAGAUUGGCGCCAACUUCCAUUGAAUACUAGUUUCAGUAGUAUGUUUUCUGAAAGUGGACUACCUGAAUUAUUCAGUUCUGAUUAUAUAAAAGAUUUGAUUGAAGAAGAUGUAACCGACCUGUGAUAUGUUUUUUUUUGUUUCAAUAGUUUCAAAACCUUUACUACCUAUGAAGUAUGUGCAAUCAUCCUUUUUUUAAUUUUAAAACUUGAUUAGAGAACAAUUAUUAUUUUUCAAACGACUGAUUUCACUGACUGCAUAAUUAUCCUCUGUACAACAUACAAAAAAUAUUCUUGUGAAGUGAAAAUUCUUCAUUUCCUAAUAUAUUUUGUAUUAAAUGAUCUUGUGAAUGAUAUUUGCAAAUUAGUUAAAUAGAUUAAAAACAGACUAUAUGGACUAUCUUUACUACUGGUCUAUUGC